GCAAUCUUCCGGGAGGUCCCGCCCCGCGUGCGCGGUGGCUGCAGCGGCGGUGACGGUGGCGGUGGAGCCAUGCCGCUGGAGGCCAUACGCUACUCGCGGGGCUCUCUGCAGAUCCUCGACCAGCUGCUGCUGCCCCAGCAGAGCCGCUACGAAGCGGUGGGCUCGGUGACGCAGGCCUGGGAGGCCAUCCGCGCCAUGAAGGUGCGGGGCGCCCCGGCCAUCGCCCUGGUGGGCUGCCUCAGCCUCGCCGUGGAGCUCCAGGCGGGCGCCGGGGGGCCGGGUCUUGCCCCUCUGGUGGACUUCGUGCGCGACAGGCUGAGCUUCCUCGUGACCGCCCGGCCCACCGCUGUCAACAUGGCCCGCGCUGCUCGCGACCUGGCGGACGCCGCAGCUCAGGAGGCGGAGCAAGAGGGUGCCACCGAGGAGGCGGUCCGGGAGAGAGUCAUCCGCUGCGCUGAGGACAUGCUGGAGAAAGACCUCAGAGACAACCAGAGCAUCGGGGACCUGGGAGCCCACCACAUCCUGGAGCGGGCAGCCCCUGCCGGGGGCAAGGUGACCGUGCUGACCCACUGCAACACUGGUGCACUGGCCACUGCUGGCUACGGCACGGCCCUAGGUGUGAUUCGCUCCCUGCACAACCUGGGCCGCCUGGAGCGCACCUUCUGCACAGAGACGCGGCCCUACAACCAGGGAGCCCGGCUGACGGCCUUUGAGCUGGUUUAUGAGCACAUCCCCGCCACCCUCAUCACCGACAGCAUGGCGGCCGCCGCCAUGGCGCACCGGGGAGUAUCAGCCGUUGUCGUGGGAGCCGACCGCGUGGUCGCUAACGGUGACACAGCCAACAAAGUGGGCACCUACCAGCUGGCCAUUGCCGCCAAGCACCACGGCAUCCCCUUCUACGUGGCCGCCCCCAGCUCCUCAUGCGACCUCCGCCUGCAGACGGGCCAGGAGAUUGUCAUCGAGGAGCGGCCCGGCCAGGAGCUGACCGACGUCAACGGGGUCAGGAUCGCAGCACCCGGAAUUGAGGUUUGGAACCCUGCCUUUGACGUUACCCCCCAUGACCUCAUCACCGGCGGCAUCGUCACCGAGCUGGGUGUCUUCGCCCCGGCCGAGCUCCGGACCGCCCUGAGCACCACCGUCUCCUAGCGGAGGGACCCCAGACGGACUGGAUGUAACCACCUCAGCCUGUCUACCUUGCCCAUGUGUCUCAGGUUUUAUAAUAAACUGAUCCAGUGGCCUACCCAAAA